CAGUAAGAUAGACAAGCUAGCAUGCAGUGCUAUGGCUGCCGUCAUAUUUUGGUGCGACCAAGGCUGCCAAAAUGCUGCUUGUUUCAUGGACCUGUGGAGAGGAGGAGUCCCAAGUUCUUGCGGCAUUUCCGGGCAGAGAGAGUUGGCGCGAUGGUGGGAAUAGCUCUCCCAUAUGGCCACGUGCUGCGCCGACGAGGUGCACGUCAGAUCUUGCGGCAAAGCAGCGGGACCCUUUGGAGACGACCAAACUGGGCCAGCUCUGAGGAUGAGUCUGAUGCCAAGCAUGAAAUGGCAGUCCGCAUUGAUGCGCUACGGCGUUUGCAGGAGAUGCAGUUGCCUUCGUUACCUCCCAGCGCCAACCUCCGGGUGCUUGGAGCUGCAGUUUCCAAGCAUUCCCGGGGGCAGGAAAUGGAGGGCCACUGCGCACCUGAGCAGUUGGAGUUCCUCCGGAGCUUUGUGGCGCAGCACUUCGGCUCGUCGCCUCAAGCUGUUGGCGGCCUCAAGAUCUGCCAAAUCGGUUUCAAUGCCGGGCACAGCGCUGUGGCCCUGCUGGAUCAGGCUCCCGAGGGCAGCGUCCUGCUCUCUCUGGAUCUUUGUCAGCACGAGUACACUCAGCCGUUGGAGAGAGUAGUUGCAGCCCUUGCAGAGGAGCGUGGUCAGACGCACGUGCUCCUGCAGGGUGACUCUGCGGAAAUGUUGCCAAGGUUUCAGCACAUAGAGUUUGACUUGAUGUUCAUCGACGGGAAUCAUGCCUACGAGGCAGUGAAGCUGGAUAUGCUGCUUUGUCUUCAAAUGGCAACGCCGGAGUCUGUGGUUCUUCUGAACCAUGUCUUCACCGACAUGACAGAGGGCGUGGGACCGACCAAAGUUUGGCUUGAGACGCUGCGAGAAGGCGAAGCCGAGCAGCUGGGCUGGCAUUCUUGCUGCUCGCGGCAUGGUAUCGCCAUUGCUAGCCGGAAAAAGAGAGAUGAGCGUCUCAAAACCGAGGCAGCCUUGUGGUUUGCUUUUGGAGCAAAUCCUUCAAGCAAAGCUGUUUGGCUCAUCAGUGACUCAUCAGCCUCGAUUUCAGCUGAAAUGGGCCGUUGCGAGGCGAUUCUGGGUGUUUCAAUCGGCGCUGGGCAGGAAGAGAUCAGGAAGGCCUUCCUGCAAGGUGCCAGGCGUUGUCACCCGGACAAGGUCUCUGACGAGGAGCGCGAUUUCGCCAAUGCCCGCUUUCUCCAGCUCCGCGCGGCGUAUGAGGAGCUUACAGCGGCGACGGCGAAGGCGACAACGUGGGACGAGACAAAGUGGAGCAGGCAUGUGGAAGAAAUGGACCGCAUGAAGGCCUCGUUCCAGGAGUUCGAGCGACAGCGCGAGCAGUGUGAGAGCCAGCUGCAGCGCUUGCAGCAGGCCAUAAAGAAGAGGAUGGUGAAGGAGAGGGCGUCGAAGGAGCCUAAGCCGCAGCCUCUGACGAGGAAGCAACAGAAAAAGCUCCAGAAGCAGGAGCAGCAGAAAAGGGCGGCCAAGAAACAGCCAGACGCUGAGCGCGGAGAUUCGCCGGAGGAGCAGGAGCCACAAGUGCCGCUACUGCAAGAAGGCGCUGAGCGUGGAGAUUCGCCGGAGGAGGCGUCAAGCAGCUUCUGGGCAAUCCUUGCGGCUUGCUGCUGCCUGGGCUCCGAAGGUAGAGGAAAACAGUGACCCGCAUGCCUUCGUCCGGGCCAAGACCCACGCCUGCCGGGGCUCUGGAAGAGGAAGGAGACGGAGUCCAUCUGAUGUCACCUGGUAGAGCCCAGGUGAACUCACCCAUGUAUUUUAUUGCCUUGCGAAGUUGAGAAGGAACUGGUUUCCUUUGAUCUCACCGCUAGACUCUUGGCACAGCCCAGGUGAGAACAGUCAUAUCAUGCUAGUGUCUUUCCGCGCAGACAUUUGAAACUGCGCCGCCCCUAGUGAAUCCGCCGGGGGCGCGUAGCAAAGCAUCUCAAAGGUGUCGCCGAAAUCAG